AAAGAUCUAAAACAUGACUUCCACGAUAGUAGCUCAUAAUAAGCCUCAUGCUGUCUGUGUUCCAGUCCCAGUUCAGAGCCAUAUAAAAGCCAUGCUCAAGUUGGCAAAGCUCCUUCAUAACAGAGGCUUCCACAUAACCUUUGUCAAUACAGAGUUCAACCACAGACGCUUUCUUAAGUCUCAAGGCCCCAACUCUCUUCAUGGCUUGCCUGAUUUUCGGUUCGAAACCAUCCCCGAUGGCCUUCCGGACUCAGAUGAAGGUGCAACGCAAGAUGUCACUUCGCUUGCUGAGGCCGUUGUAAAAGAUGGUUUCUUGGCUCCGUUUCGUAACCUCCUCAUAAAACUCAUGGACGCAGCAACUUCCAAUAAUAAUCCUCCGUUGACUUGCAUUGUUUCCGAUGGUUUCAUGUCGCCGUUCGCCAUCAAAGCUGCCGAAGAAUUUGGACUCCCUAUUGCACUCUUCUUCACUAUUGCUGCAUGCAGCUUCAUGGGAUUUAAACAAUUUCGCGCUUUGGUCGAAAAAGGACUUGCACCACUCAAAGAUGAGAGCUGCUUAACGAAUGGAUUUUUGGACAAGGUCAUAGAUUGGAUUCCAGGAAUGGAAGGUAUACGUUUAAGGAACCUCCCAUCCUUCUUUCGAACCACAAAUCCGGACGAUGUCUUGCUUAACUUGAGCAUGGUGGCAACAGAUGAAGUUCAUAAAGCUACAGCACUUGUUCUUCUUACAUUUGAUGCUUUGGAAAAAGAUGUUCUGAGUGCACUCUCAUCUACUAUGCCUAAUAUUCCACCAGUUUAUACCAUUGGCCCUAUCGAAUUACUUCUCAAUCAGAUACCAAAAGACCCUUUGGAGAACUCUGUUGGGUACAGUCUAUGGAAAGAAGAAACUGAAUGCCUCCAAUGGCUGAAUUCCAAGGCACCAAACUCAGUUGUUUAUGUGAACUUUGGGAGCAUAACGGUCAUGACACCAAAUCAACUUGUUGAGUUUGGUUGGGGACUCGCAAAUAGCAAGCUUCCUUUCUUCUGGGUAAUUAGGCCAGAUUUGGUUGUUGGUGAAUCAGCAAUUUUGCCACCAGAGUUUGUAGCUGAAACAAAAGAAAGAGGUCUACUAGCAAGUUGGUGCCCACAAGAGCAAGUCCUUAACCACGCAUCAGUCGGAGGGUUUUUGACGCACAGUGGCUGGAAUUCAACCCUUGAGAGUCUAACUGCAGGUGUGCCUAUGCUUUGCUGGCCAUUUUUUGCGGACCAACAAACUGACUGUUACUAUACUUGCAAUGAAUGGGGCAUUGGCAUGGAGAUUGAUAAUGAUGUCAAGAGAGAUGAAGUAGAGAAGCUUGUGAAAGAGUUAAUGGAGGGAGAGAAGGGUAAGAAAAUGAAAAAUAAGGCCAUGGAGUGGAAGAAACUUGCAGAAGAGGCAACUGGUCCUCAUGGUUCCUCAUCCACAGGCUUUGACAAUCUAGUCAAUCAAGUUCUGUUAAGGAAAAGUUAGAUGUCAUCCAUGUAAGAGCACCUAAUUGGUGAGGCAAUAGCUUACCAAGGUGAUAGAAACAUGUACUCUCUUAUGACAUUACCAAGGCAAUAGCACAAGUUUAUUUUAUCUCUAAUAAAAAUCACAAUAGAUGACGUUUAGUGU